AUGACAUAUACUGAAGAAAAUGAACUAAACAAAGUUAAAAAAGAGAACAGCCAAGGAAACGAGAAAAAAUACGAAGACAUUAUAAAAUGGCGAACUGUAGGGGUAUUUGUGUUCAUACACGUGGGUGCACUGUUUGGAGCUUACCUAAUGUUCAAAAAGGCUAAAUGGCAAACUAUAAUUUGGACAAUAUUGCUAUAUGAACUAUCUGCUAUUGGAGUCGUAGCAGGAGUACACAGGCUAUGGUCUCAUAACUCAUACAAAGUCAAAAUGCCGUUAGAACUUCUUCUGGCUCUAUUCGCUACCGUGGCUGCUCAGAAAAGUAUAUACAGAUGGGCGAGAGACCACAGGGUCCACCACAAAUACACCGACACUGAUGCAGACCCGCACAACUCUACCAGAGGAUUCUUCUACUCUCAUAUCGGUUGGCUAACGUUAAAAAAAAAUCCAUUAGUUAUGGAAAAGGGAAAAACUAUUUUCCUUGAGGAUUUACAUGCCAAUCCUGUCGUCAUGUGUCAACAUAGAUAUUACUACCAAAUUGCUGUACCUCUUUGCAUGAUAAUGCCUACAUUAGUGCCCAUGUAUUUUUGGAACGAAACAGUGAUCACCUCAUUUUUCACGGCUGUGAUGCUUCGAUAUUGUUUCACACUUCAUAUGACAUGGUUAAUAAACAGUGCAGCACAUAAGUUUGGGGCAAGGCCAUACGACAAAAAUAUUAACCCAACUGAAAAUUGGUUAGUCAGCCUUGGCAUUGCUGGGGACGGCUGGCACAAUUACCAUCAUGCUUUCCCUUGGGACUACAGAUCAGCUGAAUUAGGCGGCUUUCGUAUCAAUUUGGCAGCAUUAUUUAUUGAAUUUAUGGCCAAACUAGGUCAAGCAUAUGAUCUCAAAACUGCACCGCCACACAUUGUUCAAGCAAGGAAGAAGCGAACAGGAAUACUAUCAACAGCAAGGGAACAUACGAAAAUUGAAACAAUCCAUUCAUGGGGGUAUGCAGAUGAAACACGUCCAUAUGAAAAGAGUUCUUUGCCACUAAAAUAACUA